UUAGAAUGGUAGAACAAUCUAAUACAUGCAUGUCUAAGCGACGAUCACCACAUUUACCGUGACUGAAAAUUGGCAUUUUCGUAUUAUUAUCAUCAAAGUUCCAGAUCUUGGAGUACUCUCCAGCUCCAACCUGUAAUUGAUAAGUGUUCAAGUUGACGAUAACCAUGGCAACAGAAGAGCAGACGAAUACUCAGCCCCUCAUGAAGGAUAUAUCUGGGGAUCUGGAUGACUUGGAAGCAACAGAGAUUGAAAGUUUGUGUGUCAACUGCAUGGAAAAUGGGACAACAAAGCUGCUUCUAACCAGGAUUCCUUUCUUCAAAUCAGUGAUAAUCAGCUCCUUUGACUGUCCUCAUUGCCACUCCUUUAACAGUGAGAUCCAGCCAGCCAGUGCCCUUCAGCCCCAGGGCUGCAUCUACAAUGUCGAGAUCAAGACCGAUAAGGAUAUGAACAGGCAAGUUGUGAAGUCAAAUUCUGCUUCUGUACGCAUUCCAGAACUGGACUUUGAAAUUCCUGGAUUCACACAGAAAGGAUCUCUCACAACGGUGGAAGGCGUACUUCAGAGAGCGGUAGAGGGACUUGAACAGGAACAACCAUUGCGAAGGGCACUGCAACCUGAAGUGGCUGAACAAAUUGAUGCUUUUAUCGAGAAGUUAAAAAACAUCCCCAAGCCAUUUCAUGUGGUAUUGGAUGAUCCGGCAGGAAAUAGCUUUGUUGAGAAUCCCCUGGCACCUAAACAAGACCCUGCGAUGAAGGUCAGUUAUUAUGAACGCACCAAGGAACAACUUAAGCAGCUUGGAUUUGCGGAUGGUAGCAAGGAAGAUUCGGCCGGAGAUGCACCCCAAUCAGAAGAUACGCCCAAGGAUACCAUGAACAACGAUGAUGACGACGGAGUUGUUGCUCCUGAAGAGGUGUUUGAAUUUGCCGUCAACUGCGGCAACUGUGAAGCUCCAGCCGUGUGUAGGAUGAAGCCGAUCAGCAUUCCGUUCUUCAAGGAAGUGAUCAUCAUGGCGAUGAGCUGCGAUGCCUGUAACACCAAGACGAAUGAGAUCAAAUCGGGAGGAGGCAUAGAGGAUAAAGGUCGCAAGAUCACACUCAAAAUGACAGAUGUCAGUGACCUCAGCAGAGAUGUGUUAAGGUCUGGAACAUGCCAGUUUGAAAUUCCAGAAUUUGAUUUUCUGCACGACCCAAUAGCAGGUCAGAGCGGUAAAUUUACAACUAUAGAGGGCCUCCUAGUGGAUGUUAAGAACGCGCUUCAGAGGCAGAAUCCCCUCGCUUUCGGUGACAGCGCAGUACCAAAACAAAGUGCAUUUGCAGAAUUUUUUGAGAAAAUGGACAAGGUCAUCAGGGGAGAAUUGUUUGUGACUAUUAUCUUGACGGAUCCUGCAGGCAACAGCUAUUUACAGAACGUGUAUGCCCCGGAGAGUGACCCUGAGAUGACGAUCGAGGAUUACGAGAGGACGGAGGAUGAGAAUGACUUCCUAGGUUUGACGCACAUGAAGACCGAAAACUACGGCGAGGAGGAAUAUACUGAACAAAAUGCAGAAGCAUCAUAGCCUUUGGAGCUUCUAGUAGUAUACUAGCUAGCAAAUGAUAUAUGUGUAAAGGCCACCGCACACCUGACGACCCGACUGGUCUGCGACUGAGUGAGGGGAGAUGAAUCGCAAAGUAGUCAUAAGCCUUGACACUGCACACCUUGCGAUCCGAUCUGCGUCUCACGCAUGCGCUUUUUGAUUUUUUCAAAGCAACUGAGAAAGUGUGCUUACUACUGCGUAUGCGCGUUGUUUAUUAUAUACGCGUCAUGCAACUCUGCUGUAAACUGGCUGGAAGUUGGAUUGAGCUUGUGAUCCAGUUCUAAGGAUUCGACAUGUCAAAUCCUUACGAUUUUCCUUGCGACUU